CGUAGUCUCAAGGGAGAAGAUCGAUCGUUGGAGAUCCGGCCUGAAGCAGAAGCGUGUACAGCUGUUCUCCACCUGCUCGGCUCUUGCUGCGCCUCCAGCCUACGCGCUCUGCCCUCCGUCUUGUGCGGCUGCUCCGCGCGCCGUUAUCCGUCCUGUACGGCUUUGCGCUCCGUCCUCCGUCCUCCGUCCUGUCAUCUAUAUGUGGUUUACACUCUGAAGGAGAUCUUGACUCGGCGUCCCCUGGCGGCUAUAAUCCGACUAAGGGUCGACAUCGGCGCUACAAAGCCUGGAUCACCAAUAUGCCCGGCUCUAGGUCAAUCGAAGUUGAACUCCAUUGAUUUCUGCAAGGAUUUUAAGUUUCAAUGCCUGUACGCAGAAAUACAGGUCUUGAACGCGUAUGUCCGUUACGAUGAUGGCUUUCAAGGACGGAAUCUUCGAAUUCUAUGUUGAAAUCUCCCUCUGUAGCAGGCGGCCGGGUGGAGAGAGGCAGCCGCCGCUCUGGUAAGUCAGCCGCCUUUGAUGGAUUUUUCUGUUUGAUUUUUGGAUUCCCCGUUCAAUUUGAUGGAUUUUUUUUGUUUGAUUUUCAAAGUCAAUUUGCUAAAUGAUUUUGCUCGUCAAUUUUAGUUUUCUGCCUUUUGACUCUCCAUUGAUCUGAGUUUUUUGUACAUAAACAUAAAUUGCAUGGUAUGAUGUUAUGGUAAUGUUAAUUUCUUCUGUAUCUGUAAGUUCCAUAUGGUUGCCUUGUUUGAUUGUUUUUGUAUUCCUCUCGUUAUACUACCGAUUUGGUAAACCUCAAGCAAUUGAUUUACAUCUGCAAAUAUAUAUGUUUAUGAAUCCACCUAACUUGUAUCUCUUCUGCAGUUCACGGGUAAGAUAUUUUCUCUUUGCACAACAACGUAACAAGCUUCUGAUAUUUUGCUUAGUCAAUUAUUCAAAAAUUGAAAUCUUUGCACAAUUUAUUGAAACAUGGUUUAGAUCUUGGCGCCAAACAGAGUAACUCGUCACAUAAACAUGUUGUAUUCCUGCCAUCAUAUUUUGAUGCCUUAAAAUUCCUACC